AUGAGCUCUGAAGAACCAAUUACUUUCGAUACAACAGUCUUGAACGACAUUUUCAAAACCGUGUGGAAGAAACGUAAAACUAAAGCAAGAAAAGAUGCAUUACUUCUUUCGGCCGAAUAUUUGCGAUUAUUUACUGAUGAAGCAAUUAGUCGUGCGGCAAUAGUUGCCAAGAAGGAUUAUCCUGGAGCCACUUUACCACGACUAGAAGCUCAUCAUCUUGAAAAGGUUAUUACAAAUUCAAAUUCAAUCGUGAAAAUGACUAAUGAAGACAUUGCUCCUCAGCUUACAAGGGACUUUUAG